UGCUUUGUGUGGUGAUCCCAUGAUUUGUCUACGUGCAGCUGAUGCACGGCAUGCGGUGCACACUGCAGCUAGCUAAAGCUCAUCAAGUGAAGAUGACAGUUUUAAUGUUCUGUUGUAAAUGUAGCAUCUGUAUGUUGCUGCUUCAGUGUGACAUUAGUUUAAUUUAUAACGGGAGCUUGUGAUAGAACGUGUAUUGUGCCUUCAUGUUGUCUAAAGUGUCAAGUAAAGUAUAUUUAUAACGCUGUUUUUCAGACACUAAGUACGGCAAUUAAGCUUUUUUUUUAAUUUCAAAGAUUUUUCUUUUUGUUUUCUUGCAGAUCAGACAGACCUCAGCCGUUACACCCUGUCAGGCUCCCCACCUGUGAGACUGCUGAUGUCAAUUGAUGUCAGGAGCCUUGGAUUUUAAUCUCUUUCUCUCUCUCACACACACACACACACACACACACACACACACACACACACACACACAGACUCGGGUGACAGCUGUUCAAACCUGAAAAUAUUAAACAUCAGAGCUCCAGCUAAAAGUCACGGCUGUCAGGUUUUUUGGCAGGUUUACCUUUUCACAGUUUUAAUGUUUACCGCACCUUUCGAUUUAGCAGCACAGUAACACACAGGCUGUCCACAUUACUGAAAGUCUUUCUUCUCAAAUCCAUCUUCUUAUAGCCUCCACUCCACGGGGGAUUUAGUCCGUUUGAGUUUGAGCUCAUAGCAGAGUGCAGAGGCUCAUUUCCACCCUUCAACAGCUUAUACAGUGCUCCAUAUCCUCAUUAUUUAUUCAUGUAUUCACAGCAGGGCACAACAAGUCAUCAGCUCUCCAUACUAAUGCAAACACCUGUUGCUGCACCUGCUUGUAACCUUCACACUCAGUGCUUUCAAGCCUCUGUUUAGAAUAUUUUAUCUUGCAGUUUAGCUUCAUGUUUACAGUCAGCACUCUUUGGUCAAAUGCCUUCAAUUUAACUUCUUUCCACUAGUGACGAGUUGUAUCCCACAAUGGAUCGCAGCGUUCUGUAACUCAGGGCCUGUCACAGAUAGGGUGUGGCCUCUGGGUGGGGGCAGGUGAGGGCUUAGAGGUGGCAGACAAUCAAACCCUUCAGUCAUGCUCUCCGGGGUGCAGCCAUGCUUCCAGUUGCUUCGGAUCGGUUCGUCGGCUGGCGACUCGGCACGGGACCUGUACACAUUCAGGCCGGCGCUGAGCCACUCUGUGUUCCGACUGGGGCGGGCAGCGGAGCUGUGUGAUGUCACGCUGGACUCGACGUCGGUGUCACGAAUCCACGCUGAGCUGCACGCAGAGAGGGAGGCGGGUGAAGGUGACGCAGUGCCGCAGGAGGAGGGCUGGAUUGUCCACAUCAAGGACAGAAGCAGUCAUGGCACCUGGGUCAACGAGGUCCGUCUCCAGCCAGGUGUCCAAUGGGAGCUCUCAGAUGGCGACACGCUGACCUUCGGUGGCCAGUCCGCUCCAGGGAGCCCCGAAUUCUAUUUCCUCUUCCAGAAGGUUAAAGUUCGCCCGCUUGACUUCGAUGCCAUCACAAUUCCAAAGGCGGGCACCUUCUCCUCCGACAUACAGAAUCGGAUCAGAACUAACCUUGACCGCAAGGUGGCCGCCAACCUGGACCUGUCCAAGCUGUCCAUCAACCGGGCCACCGUCAUCCUCAACUCCAUCGGCAGUCUGAGCAAGAUGAAGGGCAGCGCCUGGACCUUUAAGAGGAGCCACAGCCACGAGGGAACUGCCUCGGACCCUGGCUCCUCCUCCUCGCCUCCCCUGGCUGUGGGUUUAUCCUCUCUGCUCCCGCCCUCCACGCCUCCGUCAUUCUCCUCUGCAGCUUCAGUGCCUUCUGCAAAGUCCCUCCAGCCAACCUCACGGAGCAGGAGGAAGUCUGCUCACACAGUCCUCCUUGAGGAUGACAGCUCAGACGAGCCCAGAAGUCGAGGAGCUCCAGCAGGAGUUGUGGAGGAUGGACAGAGAUCGAGGGGGAAGAAGCGGCGGCGGCUCUACAAGUCUGAGUCUGAGAGUUUCAGCUCUCCUCCUCUGCCGCUGCAGCCCAAGAGCCACGACGACGUCCGGCGGCCACUGGAGGCCAAGCCCUUUCCCGUCGGCAUCAGGACCAUCGGCAGUUUCCACGGUGCCAUGACAAACAGCAGACUCAACCACCAUCUCAUCCAGGCACAAUUCACCAACCCUGCCGUUCAUAAACAGGAAAUGCAGACGAUGCACCGGGUCCAGACGGUGAUGCACGGCAACCUUGCAGGUUUCCGCCAACAGAAACCGGCCCACAGUUCUCCGAUAGCGCAAAGAGGCAGGCGGAGGGCUAACAGCUCUCCGGUCUUCUCCCCUCUGGUGGUUGGAGGGGAGAACUACAGCCUGGCCUCGCCAUCAGUGAGGAUUCGAACAGAGGAGAGAGGCAGGAUGCAGUUCAACAGAUUUCACCAUCCAGCAAGUAAGCGACGAGGCCGCCCCAGAAAACACCCCCUUCCUCCCCGGCCCUCUCUGCCUUCUCCAUCCUCCUCAUCUUCCUCUUCCACCUCCUCUGCCUCUUCUUCUUCUGGCUCCUCCUCUUCCUCCUCUGAGGAUGAAGACGAUGACGAAGAGGAGGAGGAAGACGAGGCGACCGGCGGGGCGGUGGAGCCGUGCGCAGCGCCACGUUGCCGACUGCCCCAACAGGACACGGUGCAAUGGAUCCAGUGCGAUGUGUGCGACGCCUGGUACCACAUAGACUGUCUGCACGUCGACCGCAAAAAGCUCCUGAAGGACCCCAACGCAGACUUCCACUGCGGAUGUCGCUGAUAUGAGAGAAACCAAGCUUGUUGAGAUGAAGUGAAAUGCUCCAGUUUAGACUUUCAAGUUGCCACAUUUUCCCCUUAAAUGUUUAUUUCCCUUAGGCACACUUGUGGGGAUCAACAGACUUUUCAUUGAAGAUGCUACUUCUCUUCUAAUGGCCACUGAGUAGCUCCACUCAAGCAUGCAGUGCUUUUUUUUCUCACCUCAAAAGCAGCUGACGAGGGCAGGACAAGAGCUUCCUUUGAUAUUUACAUCCUGAUCUGCUCAAGUUUAAAGAUUUGUGACCCAACAGUCACACAGCUGCUUCAUAAACCCCCUUUCCUGCUCAGUUUCAGCACUCAGGUUUCGGAGAAGGAGGCAAAAUUGUAAUGAAAUGUCUCAGGUUGGAUUUCAUUAUGACUUUGACUGCCUGGAGAGGUGCGGUCAGGGUGGGAAAACAUGAUGAAAUGUUGCUGAGUACACUCCCACUGUGGCUGUCGCUGACCAGGGGGCAGGCAGCCUUCAGGAAGAUUAAUGAAAUGUUUUAGAUCAGGCUGCCACAGCAAGAGUCUAUACAGGGCGAUUAAACACUCUUAGAUGUCUCGCUGCAGCCACCUUCACUAUUUCAGCAACUUGGCCAGGACAGAAUAGGACCUUCAGUGGACAUUAUGUGGUCUGCAUGGCCAAGGAGCUUCACCACCCUUCCUCCCAAAAGAAAACCGGGCCGGGCUGGUGUUUCCCACCUGUGUGAUAAUAAUACUCGAUGAAAUAUCUCAGUGCAGCUUUCCUGGGUGGCAGCAGCUGUCUGGGAGUGGGCGUGUGAUGUUUCAAGACAAUUAAAUGCCUGCAAAUGUGUCAGCAGACUUCCAUUGUAGCUGUUGAUGAGAGGUGCUUGAGGGAGGAUAAUCAAAUAUUUCAAGGCACUUCAGCAGUAGCAGCUGCUGGAUUUUUUGGGGGGAAUGUGUGCAGUGGGACUGUUAUUAUAAGACGUCUGAGUGCAGGCUGACAGUGCGGCCGUUGCUGCUUUGGGAGGGCUCAUUACCAGUGAAAUGUCAUAAAAUAUCCGCUGAUGUAACGGGAUAAACAGAUUCAGAAAAUCUUCGUCUCUGACUGUUGGGUUAAGACUUGAUGUCGCAGAUGAUUUUAAGGUUUUCUCUACGGAUCAAUCUUCAUCUUCAGCAGUCUCUUCACACUACUGAACUCUUGGGCCAAAGUGGACACUUUUGUCCUGACCAAACUGUUCUCCACUGCCGAACAGUAAUAUACACAUAUCAUUGCUCAGGUGCUGUUUGAGUUGGAAUAAAAUCAAAGUAUAGGUCUCCAAAUUCUCCUCUAAAGCACCUUGUCUAUUAUUUAAUUCAAAAUUCUUUCUUCGGUUGGCUCACCCGGACAGAAACAGUGUCUUUAAAACAGCAUUUAUGAGCAGUUGAGCUUCUGCACCACUUUUAUAACCUCUAUAAAACUUCUGACUUGAAGCUAUUCAGAUAAUGGUAGUGUCAAAAGUAUAGUUUUUCUGGGUUGGUGUUUAAAAAGGCGUCUCCCCAUUUUUACUUUGAUCAUACCACUAUGACAGACCUUCAGUUUUUUGAGUUGAGGGGAAAGAGAGAGAAAAUGUAUAAAACUUGAUUCCUAAGCAAUAAAAUAAGAAAAAAAGUUUAAAAAAGAUGUAUAUUUUAACUUUAACUCACAGCACAGCUGGAUCAGAUUUUCUCAGUCCCUGGCUGUCAAGAUUAUGUCACAAAACAAGCAGAAGGUUAAGAAGAAAACAUCUUAUAUCUGGUUUUCAAUUCAGUGGAUUCAUUUUAAAAUCCCAAAAUUAAAAAAAAAAAAAAAGUAUUCUGUGAGAUGCAUAAAUUUGUGUUUAAUAGUCUUAAUAAAUGUGUUACUUGUCAAAAGGCUACAGUUCAACUUAAGAUAACUUUAUUGACAGUUUAAGGUUUUGACAAAUAACCCCCACUUUUUGAGAAUAUGAGCACCUCAGAGCAGUUACACAAAAUCAGUUAUAUAGGACUUAACAUACUAGCUUAAUGCUAUAAUACAGACCUGAAUGACCUGUUUGGUCCUGUUGAGCAGUUGUAAAAAAAAAGUUGGGUUUUCAGUUUUCUCUGUUGAUCUGCAGUCAGUUGUAUUCUGUUUUUAUGUUUCAUCUGCCAGUGAAGAUGUAAGUGUUGCAUAUACCUGUUUGUCUCCUUAGAUUUUGAGCUCUAAAGAUAUUUAAAUGCCUGUUUAUGUCUUCCGAGCUUCACUCAAAGAAAUGUGCCAUCUUCACCACAUCACUCGUCGUCGUUCAGUGUCGUGUUGCUGUGUAAGCACUCCUCAUUGUGCACCUGUUUUUUGCUUUCAUGUGGCGUGCCAAACAGUUGUAAAGAUCCUCUUUACCAGACUGCAGUUACAGAUGUGCUGAAACGUGCAGCCGCUAAGAGGGAGAGACAGUCUUUAAUUGGCGAAGGGGAAGAAUCAGCCGUGAAAAAGGAGCAUAAAACCUGUGUGAUAGUUAAAAUGGAGACAAAGUGGCAUACAAAGAAGUGUAAACUUAUUCAGUGUUUCUCAUAGCUGUUUCUACCUUAAAAUUCUGAUCCUGUCAACGAUUUCCAAGCAUAUCUGGUGGCGACCCCGCCACAACUCAUAGUCCUCCCCAGCUUAUCCUAGCUAGCAUCUUAGCUAACGUUAGCUAGCCACUGUGAACUUCAGGAUAACAUACCCCAUCUUCGCUACCAUUUCAACCAACAUUAUCUAACAUGUGACCGGCUCUACUCUCCCUCUGAUUGGCUAGUACUUGUUGCCUUUGUUGGUUGCAUUGAUUAGGUUUAGGCAAGAGGAGUGUAAAGGUAAGAAUGUCAGGGGGAAGCCAAUCAGAGGCAGAGUAAGGUGGGUCAGCAAACAUUAACGAGCCACAACAGCACUGUUCUUAUAAUACAUCCAUACACUGCACAGCCACAGAGCUAUUGGUCAAAGGUAUACUGUGCAGGAUUAUCAGUUACCAUCUGUUAACAAGCUUGCCAGCGAAAGUGAAAGUCAGGCCAACCCUAGAUUAAUUCUGGUUUAAAAAGAGGUGUGGCCUGUCCACCACUGGACCCUUCUCACAUUUUUGAGGCAAUGCAGAUGCACAGUUUUCCCUUGAGACCAACAUGAAGUUGACAGGGCAGCUGCAACCAUUAGUCAAAUAAUAGAUGAACCAAUCUGCAGGAGAAUAAUUGGAAACUAUUUUGAUAAGUGAUUAAUCAUUUAUUAAGUAAACAUGCAGCCCCCAAUAUGCAGAUUAUAACUUCAUAGUUUGGAAAAUGUGCUGCUUUUCUCUUUUUAUAUCAACAUAAGCUUCAUAUCGUUGGGUUCUGGGCUGCAUGUUGGACAAACAGGCGAUUUGAAGACGGCACCUCUGGCUGUGGAUAAUUGUAAUGGUAAUUUUUCCAAACUGACCUUUAAGAGACUGUUCCUAAAUGGAACACAUAAGUGGCCAUUAUCUGACAUUUUAUAAAUUAGCCUUGCAUAUUGGUAACCACAUCACAAACAGCUCUUUGCAGAUCUGUAAUAGUUUCCAUUUGCAUUGCCUCAAAGACAAACAGCUUCCUUGUAACGUCUUUCAAGGCUUUGACAGAUUAAAUCAAGUUUGUGGUGAAUAUUUUUGAUCAUUACACUGUUGUGGUCACCUCAUUGUUUCAGUAUUUUGUUUGUGCCAUCUGCUUGUCGUACAGAACACUCGAGCAGUGCCAUUUUUACACUGUGUUAAUUAUUCUGUUUACUGUUAAAAUCCCUAAACACAAGACUCUAAGGUGAAAGCACUCAAAGUGAUGAGUUCAGAAAUGGAGUUAAUCAAAGGGAUUUUGUUUUCAUCAGUCAGUUUCUCUCUGAGCUCUGAAGCAGGAGUUCACGGGACUCUUUUUUUUUUUUCCACACACACUGCCUUCACUUUAAUUAUCACAUUGAAAUGCAGAAACACUUUGUUGGUUUUGCGAGGUUGUACAGAAUUAAAACUAAUAGUCAUAAUUCUCUGAGAUGCCAUCAGCAUCAAAGAUAUCAGGGAGGAAAUAAAGAAUAAUCAGAAAAUG